ACGACACUACUGUUGCUGCUCCUUCUCCCGCUUCCCCCAUUACUACGACGACUCCAAUUACCACUUCCAUCCACACUACCAACAAUCUCACCUCCAUCCCUAAUCGUCACCCUGUGUCUGGUCACGAGGGAGGUUUUGUGCAGCCCUCCUCAUACCUCCGCCCGCGCGGUCUUUCGCAUCCAAUGCCCCCAACCCAGCCCGAAAGGGCGAUCGAUCGGGAAGAGCGACAGGGCCUACGUGCCAUUCGCAACUUCCUCAAAGUCCGUAACAGUUACGAUGUCCUUCCGCUCAGCUUUCGGCUUAUCAUCUUCGACACCUCUUUGUCAGUGAAAGAGAGUUUGAAUAUCUUAAUCCAAAAUGGCAUCGUGUCAGCCCCAUUAUGGGACUCUAAAACCUCGACUUUCGCGGGCCUUCUCACCACCUCCGAUUAUAUCAAUGUCAUUCAAUACUAUUUUCAGAACCCGGCAGCUUUGGGUGAAAUAGAUCAAUUCCGACUGGACAGCCUCCGAGAGGUAGAAAAGGCUUUAGGGGUUGCUCCGCCGGAGACUAUUUCUAUCGAUCCGGAAAGGCCUCUCUAUGAAGCCUGUCGGCGCAUGCUUGACUCUCGGGCUCGACGAAUUCCUUUGGUUACUAAUGACAGUCAAACGGACCGAUCACAUGUCCUGAGUGUAGUUACACAGUACCGUAUCUUGAAGUUCGUCGCCGUCAAUGUCAGUGAGACACAGAAGCUGCGCAGACCCCUGGGGGAGAUAUUGCUAGGCAGCUAUGAAAAUGUAGCAACAGCAUCAAUGGAUACGCCUGUUAUCGAUGUAAUCCAUAUCCUUGUGGAGCGGAGCAUAUCGAGUGUGCCCAUUGUAAACUCGGAAGGUGUUGUGUACAACGUCUUCGAAUCAGUUGAUGUUAUCACAUUGAUCAAAGGUGGUGUAUACGAUGACUUAAGCCUAACGGUUGGAGAGGCGUUGAAAAAGCGAUCCCCAGAUUUCCCUGGUAUCUAUACAUGCUCGUUGAAUGAUGGUCUGGAUACUAUCUUUGACACAAUUCGCAAGUCUCGUGUUCACCGCCUGGUAGUGGUGGACGAAAACUUCCGACUAAAAGGCGUUCUCACAUUGAGUGAUAUUCUGCAAUAUAUCCUUCUAGAAGGCGAAAACGACGAAUCGUCUUGAUAUAAUCCAGACAUCGCGCUGAGGGUGCCUGGUGCACAAUUGAAAAUUGCAUGGUAAUGGCGUUUGAUUCUGCUUUUUUUAAAGUCGCCCUUCUCGUCUCCCACCGGGGCAUGGACUCCUCUCGACUUGCAGUGCACAAGGAAACAAGGUAUUGUAUGAUGAUUUAGAUUUCUAUUGGGUUGGCCCUCAGCUUGUCGGGUUUACGUUCUGCCCACGUAUUCAGCAUUGGCGUUUGGAUUGACCAUAAUAGAUUUUUCUUUUAUGUAUGGCUAUUGUUGUGAAGGUCCCUCUCUGCCCGUCAGCCUAUCCUCCAUUGUCUUCGUUGGAGUAUGUAUUGUAUCUCUUCUAUAGUUCUGAUGACACUGUAUGGUGCAGCUGUAGCCGUAUACUUUCAUACGGUAAGAUGAUGUACUCUCAUAGAGCUGAUGCGUUUAGUUUUUGGAAUGAAUGCCUUCCACCGGCUGAUA